AUGAUGCCAAAGGAAAAACGAAGUAAUGUGAUGAUGAAACAGAAACUUGUUCUCCGGCAGAGCAGUUCUGAUCACGAAAACGAUAACGAUAUUGUUUUAUUGCCAUCCAAAGAUUCGCUGUCAUCCAUUUCAAUCGACUCCCCGACUUACAUCACUACUGCAAACUAUUUUGAACUGUUUGAGGCACUUGGUAUAUCCGUGAACAACGAUCCAUCCAUUCUAUCGAGAAAAUUUUCUCGCAACGUCACCAUGUCCAAAUCACCAAAUCUUUCCAAAUUACUCAGCCGAGUCUCUGACCUCGAAACAAGUGGAGGACCAAUGUCUGUUAACGGCCGUAAACCGGAUAUUAAGAAAAUCAACGUUUCAGGAAGUGAUAAUAUUAAUGAAGCAAUUCAAUAUGGAUCAAUGGAAGAAUUCGUGGAGAAGUUCGUUGCGGAUCCGACAAAACGUCGCCCAAUUCGAAAGGUACUUGUGGCAACCAACGGAAUCGGAGCUGUCAGGUGUAUUCUUGCAAUCCGCCGUUUGCUGAACCAACUUUUCCGCGAUGACAAACUCAUCAAGUUCAUUUGUUUAACAACUCAGCAUGAAGUUGAAUCGAACGCCGAAUACCUCAAAUUAGCAAACAACCUGGUAUUCUCACCGACUGGAAGCAAUAGAAACAACUACGCAAACGUCGACGAGAUCAUCAAACAUGCUGUUGAAAAGAAUGUUGACGCGGUGUGGGCCGGAUGGGGUCAUGCUUCGGAGAAUCCAGAGCUGCCAAAAAGACUUGCUGAACACAACAUUGUGUUUGUUGGGCCGCCGAGCAGCGCUAUGUUCAGUCUUGGAGAUAAAAUCGCGAGUACAAUAAUUGCCCAAACCGUCGGAAUACCUACUAUCGCAUGGUCCGGAGCGGGAAUCAAAAUGGAGUCGAAAAUCCGCGCUAAAGGAGAUUUUAUCGAAGUUCCGCACGAGCUACUUCAAAAGGCAACGGUGUCGACGGCUCAAGAAGGUCUUGAUGCUCUUAAGCAUCACAACAUUGGAUUUCCACUUAUGAUCAAAGCUUCCGAAGGCGGCGGUGGUAAAGGAAUCAGAAAAUGCACAAAGAUCGAAGACUUCAAAAGCAUGUUCAGCGAGGUUGUUCAAGAGCUUCCGGGAUCGCCGAUAUUUUUGAUGAAGUGCGUUGAAAACGCGAGACACAUCGAAGUACAGCUUAUUGCGGACCGAUACGAAAAUGUGAUACCGGUGUUCACAAGAGAUUGUUCGAUUCAACGACGAUGUCAAAAAAUCAUUGAGGAGGCACCGGCAAACAUUGCGCGACCAGAAGUUUUGAAAGCGAUGCAGGAAGAUGCGGUGCGUAUUGCGAAAUACGUCGGAUACGAGUCGGCCGGAACUGUUGAGUACAUGUACAUGCCGGACACCGAAGAAUAUUUCUUCUUGGAAUUGAAUCCACGACUUCAAGUGGAACAUCCAUGCACGGAGAUGAUUGCAAACAUCAGUAUCCCUGCAAUUCAAAUUCAAAUUGCCAUGGGAUUGCCACUUCAUAGAAUUCACGACGUGCGAAUGUUCUUCGGACUCGAGAGAAAUGGCGAUUCACCACUUCCGGAAGACACAGUUCUGACCCACACCGAACACUGCAGCAUUGCGGCAAGAAUCACGAGUGAAGAUCCCGAUGACAGUUUCCGGCCAUCGACAGGAUCUGUCGAAGCUCUGAAUUUCCGAUCGUCGCAAGAUGUUUGGGGAUACUUUUCGGUAUCAAGCGGUGGAAAAGUUCACGAAUUCGCUGAUUCGCAAUUCGGUCAUUUGUUCGCUCGUGGACGCACUAGGGCGGAUGCUAUUGGAAACAUGCUCGGAGCGUUGAAAGAACUUGAACUCCGCGCAACAUUCAAAUCCCAAGUGUCGUACCUUGUCGAUCUUAUAAUGGAGCCGGACUUCAUUAACAACAGCUUCAACACUCAAUGGCUUGACAUUAGAAUUGCCAAGAAGAUUAAACAGAAAUGCUCACUUCCGAUGAGUGACAUUAUUGCAAUCAGUGCAGCGGUCAUCGGACACUCACGUGUGACUCAGGCGUUUGACAGCUUCAAAGGGGCCAUUCAACGUGGUCAGGUUUUGCCGCCGAAUGAUCUCACAGAGACAUUCCUGUUUGAUCUUGUCAAAGAUUUGAAGAUUUACAGUGUAAAAGUCACACGAAGUGCGCCUUUCUCCUUCGUUAUUCUUCUCAAUGGUUCGACGACGACUGUUAACAUUGUUCUUCUCGGAAACGGUGGUCUUAUGGUGACGCACGGUGACAGUGUCUAUCAAUGCAAUCUCGAAGAAACAUCGGAAACAUUCAAAGUCACUAUUGGAAAUCAAAUUAUUGUUUUCGAAAAGGACAAUGAUCCGAGCGUUCUCAAAUCGCCAUACACUGGAAAACUUUUGGCUUAUAAAAAAGAAGAUGGAGAUUAUGUUGAUGUUGGAGAGACAUUCGCUACCGUCGAAUCAAUGAAGCUUGUGUUCAACGUUGAGGUCAAGAAAGCACCAGGACGACUUGUUCGUGUUGCUAACGAAGGAGACUUGCUUUUCCCUGGAUCGGUAAUUGCUCGACUCGUUGAUCAAAAGGAUUCGGAAAAGUAUCGACCACAGCCAUUCACGGGAACAUUCAAAGAAUGGACAUCAGUGAAGGAUUCGAAAUCGGAGAACAAUCGGAAUUUGUACAACUCGUGUUUAGAGAAGUGCCGAAAUAUUCUGGCAGGUUCAGUUCCGCUCGGCGGAGUUGCGGAAAUCACCGAACUUUCAAAUGAGCUCUUCAAGUAUCUCAAUGCAGAUAACCUGGCACAAAUCAUUUUGGAGCCUGUCAUUUCGCAAGCAUCCAAAGCUUUCCCAAUUGACUAUCGAAAACAACUCGGCGAUGCAAUUGAAAAGGCAAAUGUCGACGGAACACACAUUUUGAGUGUGUUGAAAACGGCAAGCCAUAAUGAAGAUGUCGUGAAGGCUAUUAAUGCUUGUUCUGAGUUUGUCAACGGCUCACGAGGUUUUGCAGCCAACGUGUUGAACAGCCUUCUCGAGGAUUACAUUAAAGUCGAAAAAUAUUUUGAAGGAAAGGCUUACGAUGAUUCGGUUGCUGAAAUCAAGACCGAUUAUACUUGUGGAAACGCGGUAGUACAAACUAUAUACUCACACACGCAAAUAAAGUCGAAAAAUAUAGUGAUUAAAGCAAUCUUGGAAGCAUUGAAAGUCACCGGAUCAAAGUUCAUUCCGAAUCUUUUGGAAAACCUUCGCGAAAUUGGAAACCUCCACCACACCACGUCGAUUUCUUCGUUGGCCCGUGAAAUCCUUCUCAUCCACCAAAACCUCUGCUACAAGAACAACUUCUCCGCAGUUACGGACGGUGGUACGAAGCCGACAGCCGAAGAAAUGAAAGAAUGGCUGAAUGGAAAAAAUUCGAAACAAGCCGAUUCGCAAGCAUGGAAGAUCAUGCACGAGUAUUUCUUUGAGAAAGAAAUUGGAUCGCUUGCUCUUGAGAAAUUCGUCAAUAAUUACAUAUCGGCUGAAGAAGGAUUCGUCGAGAAUCAAUAUGUUCUUGGCACUAUCAGCGCGAUUGUUCACAUCAACACAUUCAAUUUGUUGAAAAAACCGACAAGAUUCCAUCGCAUCGUUCUCCCGGGUGAUAAACUCUCGGUCGUUCGACUUCAACUGCCAUCAGCUAUGUAUGCUGCCGGGUUGACACACCCAGUGUUCCUCAAUUUCCUUAAAGAACAUUUCGCCAAGAUUGCUGGUGAUGUCAAUGUUUCCAUCUUUGUCAAAAUCACCGAUGACUAUUCGUCUCACACUGAUUUGUCGUGUUUGACUGAAGCUGAAGAGCGGAAAGUUUGCGAGGCGCAAGCAUCCGUUCCAAUCAUCACCGAAGCUUUGAAGUCGAUUGGCCACGAGAAUGUUCGCGUCAACACUAUCCUCUGCCUUCACGACCGCCCACUUCCCCAACUGACGUUCUUCGAACAAGUUCGUCUCGAGAAGAACAGACUUCCACUGAACACUUACCCAGUUUCUUCACGACUUUCUUCCGUGAGAACAUAUCAGCUCGAUGAUAGCGACAAGAAAUUUGCAAAACUUUUCAUCAGACAACACUUGCUGAUUCCAGGAAGAAAUGCGGAGGAAGUUAAGAAGGGUAUCUCGGAAGCUCUCUUCGCCGCAUUGGACAACUCAUGCACUGCCGCACAAGUUGCAAUGGGCAAAACCAAGAAGAUCUACACUUCCAACCACAUCUUCAUUCACAUUUCAUGUCCAGGCCUCUCUGAAGAAGACAUUGGAUCGGCCGAACAUCUCAAUUUCAUGCGUCAGUGCAUUCAGCAAGAAGUGGAUUGCCACAAAAGAAUCUUGUACAAGCACAGAGUGACGGAAGUUGAGAUUGUGUACGAGUCGACCGAAGGAAGCAAGCGGAUCGUUCUUCGGGAUGAGACUGGAGUCACUCCAGAAGUCAUUACCGAAUUCCCAGAAAUACUUGGCAAGUAUCCGGCGUUGAGCAACAUUGAGAAGAAACGCGUUGCCACAAGAGCCAAUCACACCAGCUACAUUUACGACUUUCCAAUGAUUUUCGGUCUGGCUGCUUACAAGGAGUGGAAGUCCUGCAAAAAGCUUGACAUCGAAACGUACAAUGCUCGUCUUCAAUCUCUUCCGGAGAGGAAAAGAAAAGAAUUGCUCAGUGGACAUUGGCGCAGAUUUUUGGACGUUCAAGAACUGGUCGCCAAAGACGGAAAAAUCGAAGUGAUCAGCGAUGAAGAAGAAAUGAAGAAACGCUCAAACAAUGCGUUGAAUAAGUGUGGAAUGGUUGCCUGGAUUGUGCGACUUUAUACACCAGAAAAGCCGGAAGGAUACGAUUCGAUUUUGAUUGGAAAUGAUAUCACAUUCCAAUCGGGAUCAUUCGGAACUGCUGAAGAUGAGCUCUUUGCUCUUGCUUCAAAAUUGGCUCGUGAAAGAAAUUUGCCAAGAGUCAAUGUGUCGUGCAAUUCUGGAGCUCGUAUCGGACUCGCUGAGAAUGUUUCGAAACUCGUGAAACUUCAACUCAAGAACGAGGAGAAGCCGGAACAAGGAUUCGAAUACCUUUACAUCGACGCGGAACACAAGGAUCUUGUUAAGGGACAGAUAGAAUACGAGGAAUUGGCAAAUGGCAGACUCAAAAUAACUGCAGUUAUCGGCCACAAAGAUGAAAAGAUUGGAGUUGAGAACCUUCAAGGAUCUGGUCUAAUUGCUGGAGAAACAUCGCGUGCCUACUUGGAGAUUCCGACCUAUUGCUAUGUCACUGGAAGAUCCGUUGGAAUUGGAGCAUAUACGGCAAGAUUAGCCCACAGAAUUGUGCAACACAAACAAUCGCACUUGAUUCUUACUGGAGCUUCUGCUCUCAACACUCUUCUUGGAAAAGAUGUUUACACGUCGAACAACCAACUGGGUGGACCAGAAGUCAUGUUCCGCAACGGAGUAUCGCAUGCUGUUGUCGAGAACGACUUGGAGGGAAUUGCAAAGGUUCUCAAAUGGAUGUCUUAUCUUCCGGCACCAAAGGAGAACUUCCCAUUCUUCGAGAAAUUCGGAACCGACAUUGCGGUUCGUGAUGUCCAUAUUCCGAUUGAAGGAUGUGAGGAGAAGCAAUACGAUGUUCGCAAACUCAUUGAUUCGCAAGACAUUUUCCACAAAACAGGAAUAUGCGAUACGAUGUCAUUCGACGAAAUUUGCGGCGACUGGGCAAAAUCGAUUGUUGCUGGACGCGCAAGACUCUGCGGAAUUCCCAUCGGCGUUGUUGCAUCAGAGUUCCGAAACUUCCAGACAAACGUUCCAGCAGAUCCAGCACUCGAAGGAAGUGAAGCUCAAGUUCUUCAACGCGCCGGACAGGUUUGGUAUCCGGAUUCGGCUUAUAAAACUGCAGAGGCUAUCAAUGAUUUGAAUAAGGAAAACCUUCCGCUUUUGAUCAUUGCUAGUCUCAGAGGAUUUUCUGGAGGACAGAAAGACAUGUACGAUAUGGUUCUUAAGUUUGGAGCUCAAAUUGUCGAUGCACUUGCUGUUUACGAUCGCCCAGUGAUUGUCUACAUACCAGAAGCCGGUGAACUUCGUGGAGGAGCUUGGGCUGUUCUUGACGGACAAAUUCGCCCAGAAUUCAUUCAUCUCGUUGCCGAUGAGAAAUCACGUGGAGGAAUUCUCGAACCAAAUGCUAUUGUUGGUAUCAAAUUCCGCGAGCCGAAACAAAUUGAAAUGAUGAUUCGAAGUGACAAGAAAAUGAGAGAACUUCAUGAAGCCGGAAAGAAGGAAGAAAUGGAAGAGCGUGCCGCUGAUCUCAAGAAGGUCUACAGAAGUGCCGCUGUUGAGUAUGCCGAUGCUCACGAUCGCUGGCAGAGAAUGAAGGCUGUCGGAGCCGUCGAAUAUGUGACUUCGGUUCGCAUGUCUCGCCGUCUUUUCUCUCAAAUCUACCGCAACGAACUCGCCAAAGUGGGACUUGCUGAAAAGUAUCGCAACGCUCCACAUUUCAAUCGACCAACACUGGCCUCAUCAAUGAUCUGGGUUGAAGAGCAGCUGAAGAAUGUCGUGAAACAUAAUUCUUCAAUGGAUGAUCAGUACGAACAAAUUAAAAACUACUAUAACACGCGAUUCUGGAAUGAAUUGAAGGAUUCCAUUCUUGUUGAUCGCAAAAGAUAUGAGAAUGAGUUUGAGUCAUUCCUCAAAGUCUGCGAUCAUCGCCAAAGUAGCUAA